AUUUUCCUCCCCGAAUGCGCGCGCUGCCACCCUCCCUACGGCGGCAGUUAAGCGUUGCCGGCGUCAUCCAAUCGGGAUCGCCCUAGGGGGCGUGGCCUCACGCGGCUUUUCGCCGUGAGCCCGGCUUCGCCCCCAGGAGGGAGGGCGGCGGCGGCGAAAGAGGGGGAGGAGGCGGGGCCUAUAUCUAGUCCCGCCCCUUUCCUUGGCCUCGCCAUCGGCGGCGGUGGCGCCUGAGCUCCACUGUCGCUCUCCUCCCCACUCUCUUCCCGGCCAGGUCGCUCGCAGCACCUUCGGUUUCCUUCUGGCCUGACGGGGAAUCCGCCGCAGCGAGAGGAGGAGGCGGCUCGGCCGGUGACGUCGCGGCUGGUGUUCGGUGCGGGCGGGCGCCCCCGGCUGUUUCCGGAGGAAGGAGAAGCGCAGGCAGCGAGUGAGCGAGAGGCUCCAUCCCCCACCCGCAGGGAGGGAGUGCGGCAGCGGCGGCGCAGACAGGGCCCGGCGACGACGACGACGAGGCGGCGGCGGCGGCGUAGGAGGAGGAGGAGCAGCUAGAGCAACCCCCGGCCGCGGCGGCCACCACCACCACCACCACAGCGACACUCGCCCCCACAGCGCAGGAGAAAGGAUGGCGCUGAAACGCAUCAACAAGGUGAGCGGGGGGCGCCCAGGCGGGGUCUGCCGCGGCCGGCCUCCAGAAAGCCCUCAGCGGCGGGGACGGGUGGGACAGGCUGCGGGUGGUGGGAAACGGGUCUCCCGUCCCCGCCGCUCCCCUUCCCCGCCGGGCUCUGGCUCUUCCCCGAGGCCUCCGGGGGUCCGCGAGGGGCUCGACCCCGCUCGCUCCGUGUCAGCUUCGGCCCCUCGCUGCCUGGAAGCUCCGGACCGGGGAGGCAUUGUCAUGACAAAGCCCAAUUUGCCCAUCCGGCUUCGGGCGGAGAAAAGAAAAGGGGGCAGAAACGAUUCCCUCUCAGUACCACCACCACCACCGUGUGUGUGUGUGUGUAUAUUUAUUUGUGUGUGUGUGUGUGUGUGUCUACAUCUGUGUGAAAUCCGCCUCCCCGUCAGCCAGCUCCUCUGUUCUGGCCGGGAACUUCUUUCCCGCAUUGUAAGAUGGCGGCGGCGGCGGGUUUGCCUAGUUCAGGCGCUUCCCUGGGAUCUCUUUCUCUCUCUCUCGCCAGCUUUCGGCAAUAACAUGACUGACACACGCACAUCCACAUUCUCGGCCGCUGCAGCUGCCGACCGAGCGUGUCCUCUUCGGAGUCCCCGUCUGCCCGCCCCCUCCCAUUUUUCUUCGAAUUUUUCCCUUUCUCUCGUCUAUGGGGGGUGUUAAAUGCGGAAUACACGGCUUUUGCCUGCGCUCUUGACAAGGGGCGGAAGUAUGUGGCGGCGGCUGUGUGAUGCAUCGAGAAUUUCGUUCUUGCACAAUCUAGAAGGAGGGUGGAGUAACGAGCUAAUUUGAAACGAGUGUCGUGGUGGAGGAAGUCAGCCCGUAUUCCGAGGGGAAGAAGGUUCGCUGGUGGUGGCAGCAGCAGCAGAGGGUGCGGCUUAGGUAACGUCGUCACCCGCCUGGUUUCACUGAUGACGUUUUUGGGUUUCUUUUCUCUCUCUUUGCAAACCGACGGGGGGUCCGCUGUGAAGGAAGUCCUACAAACUCCUUGGGUCUUGGGAUCGCGUUGGGAGAGGUUUUCUAUCCUCCCCCCCCCCCCGUUGGUUAUGAAUUAAGAAGCUGAGCCAUUUAUAUUAACAGUGUGAGGCUCCUUUUUUGCCAGCAGUGUAUUUGCUGACGUCGUCGCUGCUACACAAAAGCACAGCCCCACAUCUUGCCCUCUGCGCUCACUGUGUGUUUGGACAGAAUUAGUAUUAAAUAAAAUCUUAAUAACAGCUUCUGGUAAGCUUGCUCUCGAACUUGUUUCCCCUGCAGUAGAGAAUAACAACUCUUAAGGGAGUCGCCCAGCUUUAAUUAGUUUUGUCAACAACAUAUAGAGGCAAAACGUUUAGCAGCCCGACUCUCAAGUGCUUAUUAGUAAUGUGUGUGUAAAUGCCUUAGAAUCCAAAGAAUUAGACAGGAAGUGGACUCGCUAGAAAGUCCAUGGCAAAAUGGAUAUUGAAUUUAUGGUAUUCUCUUACCUGUUUUUCUGAAGGCAUGUUAAAGUAUCACAUUGAGUGGCAGGUUAGCUUUUGAAAUUCAGGUUCUCUGGAUAAGAAUGCUCUCAGGAGCCAAAGUCUAUACUCUAGAGUUGGGACACUGAGCACUUCAAUAGAAAUAACACUGAUAAUUUAACCUUGCCCAAUGUUGGCUGAAAUCAAUGCACAUGUACUGUUCUAGAACUCCUUAUGAAUCACUCAUGAAAAUUGAUGUCCUUUUUCACCUAGUCCUCCUAGGGUGUGAUUGAAUAAAUAUGCAUUUUGAUUAUUUGACAUAACAUCAUGUUUAUCAUGUCAUGUAACUACACAAAAUUACCUAGACAAAACACAAGCUCGAGAUAAGUAUUGUAGACCAAGCAAAAAAUGUUAAUGAUCUUAAAGGAGACCUUAAACUAGACGGUGGCCACUGAAUUUACAGGUCUGUUCUAGCUUCAAGUAGUAACUUUGCAUAACAUUUUCAAUUUUAAUCUACCUAAAGGCCCCUUACGAGUCCUACAAUUUGAAGUACACAUUUUCUGCUGUUUUCCUUAACUGUUCUGGUGCAGCCAUAAUAUGCAAUGAAAGUAUUGUAGGACAGCUUUCAUAUUUGCCUAAAGAGCCAUGAAUUCAUGUAGACUUAAAUUUAAUUGGCAUAUCUUCAUCUUGAACUACAAUAUCUUUUGCCAAGAUGCUUGUUUACUCAUUCAUUGCUAGCUUUAUAUGUUUAUUAAAUGGAUUCAAUUCUAGAGGCAAGCUACACAUUGGUAGGCUAAGGCUUUAUAAAAUUUACUAAAUGUAAAUCUACAUCUUUAAGAAAAUCCUUAAAACAACUCAUUCUGUUUCAAUUAAUGCAACUAUAAAUAUUGAAGCUUCAGUGUGGAAAGAGAUUCGAUUUUUUAAAAGCACUGUUCAUGAAGUACAUUUGGGAAUUUGCUCAUGUUCUUCUUAACCCAGUUUAAGGACUUGAGUUUGGCACGAUUAUGGGAGCUUUUUUAUGCACUAGAUUCCCCCCCCCCUUGUGUUGUUUGACCCCUCAAAAAGUUGUGUUGUGGAGGAAAAUAUUGUUUAAAUAAUCAGCCCUGUGGAAUGAAAACCAUUGAGGCCUUUUGUGUAAUUUGAGUAAAACAGAACUAGCCAGUAUCUUAAACCUAGUGGUGGUGGUGGUGCGCAGGAUGCAGGGAGGAUCCAGUGGCCUUCUAACAUUUGAUGGAUUUCAACUUGCAUAAUCCCUCACCAUUGGUGAUACUGGUUGGGGUUGAUGGUAUUUGGAUUCUAACAUGGUGGGCCAUAGCUUCCGCACAUUCAUGAUAAAUGUCUAUCGUUAACUGGUUCUUAAAUUACCAGCUGACUACCGUGCCUCCAAUUCCCGCUUCCUUUAACAUUGCUAAAAGUUCCUUGACAAUUCCAUUUUGUGUAACCCUCCUUCAGAGGAGCUCAAGGUAGUGUAGGUGGUUCUUUCUCUUCUGUUCCCCAUCCUCCCAGCAGCCCCUUUUUUGUAGUUUAGGUUACCAAAAUUAGUCAAGGAAAUAAGCACAUAUCUGACUUUUAGGAGACAUCUGAAGGCAGCCCUGUACAGGUAGGUUUUUAAUGUUUGAGGGUUUUUUUUGUCUUUUAAUAUUUUGUUGGAAGCCGCCCAGAGUGGCUGGGGCAAUCCAGUCAGAUGGGCGGCAUAUAAAUAAUAAAAAUUAAAUUAUUAUUAUUGAGAGGGAGUGACUGCCCAAGGUCAUUCAGUGAACUUUUAUGUAUGAGUGGAGAUUUGUACCUCUAUGGAUGGAGCACAGUAUACAAAUCUAAUUGAUUAAUAAUAACCUGGUUUCCCCAGUUAUACACCAGUGGUCUAGAGGCUACACCAUGCAAUGUUUAGCCAAUUCUGUCUGUUCUUGAUAAUUAAACAUUUCUUACUAUUUAUUUUUCCCAUUACCACCUUUUAUUUGCUUCCAUUCCCUUGAAUUUUAAUUCUGUAAUUUAUCAGUUGCAGGACUUUUACAUAUGUAGAUCAUUCACAUUUUCAUUCCCUUAAUGACUGAUGCAGAAAUGCUUUUUCUUGCUUUUGUAGUUGGAGACACUUAAAAUAUAUAUCCCAGUGAGAUUUUUGUUUUUGUUCCUGUGGGAUAUCUGUUUUUAAAAUAUCCCAAGGUCUGGAACUUUAGUAGCCAUGGAUAUUCAGCAAGAUGGUAUGGACUGACAUUAUUAAUAUUUUGUUCCGAUAAAUGUCGUUUCUGAAUAGCAUAUGCAGGUUACGGUGGAGGGGGUUAGUCCACAUUUAAGUGUGUGUUAUAAGUGGUGGGAUGAAGUCUAGAUCUUGUUCUGACUAUUCUUCCUGUAAAUUGGUUAAAUCAUGGAGGGAGAAAACAAAAUUUGAAGCUUAGUAGCAUUCAUAUAUUUAUCAUACUCAUGUUUUUUUUUUUUACAAUGGAUUUGAACAGCAAAAGGUGGCAAUUAUUUGGUAGAAUGUUGUUUCGUUAAGGCCACUAUUAGUCAUUUGAGACGAUCUGAAUUUUUACUCUCUAAUAAAUAAGUGUUAAGAUCAGUGUGUGCUUAAUUGGCAAUUGUUACGCUGCAUUCAGUUGUCUUCAUUCUUUGUCUUACUUUACCAUCUGCUUUUCUGUCAACAUUGCAUGAUGCUAGGUUUACUUUUUUUCCCUUUGUCUUCAGGUACAGCCACCCAAAAAUGUCACAAAAACAUACUCGGCCAUUUUGGCAAUUGUUUAACUGCCUUAUUUCUUCUAUCUUGCAUGAUACUAAUUUCCAGUGAUGUUAAGACUUAGGGGUUGCCUACACAAAUGGUACAAAAUGCCUGGCAGUUGAUCAAAUUAGUCUUCAGUUGGUUAUUGCAUGUUUGAAUGCAUGCCUUACAUCAAAUCACUCUGCUGAUGGUAUUGGGAAAAGUCUUUUAGCCUACAUUUCUUGGAGUAUUUUCUUGUUUGGUGACGCCCCUGUGAAUACUGCCUAAUCAGACAUGCAGUCCUUCACCUGCAGUGUGAGAUGGCACAAGUUAAUUUGUAUGCGUUUAUACCUUUAACAAAAGGGACGUGGGUGGUGCUGUGGGUUAAACCACAGAGCCUAGGACUUGCCGAUCAGGAGGUCGGUGGUUCGAACCCCCGCGACGGGGUGAGCUCCCGUUGCUUGGUCCCUGCUCCUGCCAACCUAGCAGUUCGAAAGCACGUCAAAGUGCAAGUAGAUCAAUAGGUACCGCUGCGGCGGGAAGGUAAACGGCGUAUCUGUGUGCUGCUGUUGUUCGCCAGAAGCGGCUUAGUCAUGCUGGCCACAUGACCCGGAAGCUGUACGCCGGCUCCCUUGGCCAGUAAAGCAAGAUGAGCGCUGCAACCCCAGAGUCGGUCACGACUGGACCUAAUGGUCAGGGGUACCUUUACCCUUUAUACCUUUAAUUCUUAAAUUUCAUGUCUGCUUAGUUUUGCUUCGAUGUCUGGAUGCCCGCAAACCUUAGCAAGGUCUUACUGCAGCUUAUUGCUGCCUUAGUCAUAUCCUGUGGCGGGGUGGGGGGAUAACAUGCCCUUGAGGUGGGAGCACAUAAACAUUGAUAAUAAUUGCUACCAAUUUUUAUGGAGCAAUUGAGCUCCAUAAAUAUGAGAAAAGCCCCAAACAAACUCUACUGUAGGGUUGUAAUGACCUUUUGGCAUGAGUUAACUAAAUUAAUCACUCAUUAGAAACCCAUUUAGUAGGAGACUCUGCAAUUAUUUAUUGCUUUAGAAGUGGAAUAGGUUAUCUCACAUAUUUGGGUGAGUUUGCACAACACACUAAACCAUAGUUAAAGACAAAGUAUAAUUUAAUCUGAACACACAAAAUUGUUGGUUUAAUCCUGCUGCACCACUGGGAAACAAGCCAUAUUCUGUGCUUGUGGUUUGUUUCUCCAAAUAUACUAUAUACUGCUCAUUAUUUAGAGAGAAAUUGUCAUGAGCCUAGGUUCAGAUGGCAUUACAAGCUGCACUUUGGCUUAUUUCCGGUUGUUGUUGGUGCAGCAGGAGAAAUGAAUUUAACUCUGGUUUAAUGCAACAUGUGAAUGAGUCUACUAUUGAUGAUGAUAGCAGUUGUUCCCCUGUUCAGUUUUUUCUGUCUUUGCUGAGAGAAGUCAAAUGCUUAGGCCUGAUUGGAGAAAGAUUAUUCCAAAUCAACUCUGGCGUCAAUUCCUUCUGACACUGAUUCUGCUUGGGUUCUUCUUGGCCAGCAGCAGCUGCUUCUUCAGACCUGAAUGUCUGAAGACAAACAACUGAGCUGCCCUACUUCUUUGUCGGCACCCAGAUUAGGAUAUAGAAGAGUAAUGGCAAAGGGAGUUUGAUUAUCUUCCUGAAUAGGCCUUAUAGUGCUUCAGUUAUUUUUACGUUGACCCUGCCUUGUUUUUUAGACAUUACACUUUAGAUACUAUCAUUGGCAGGUACCAAAGUGAGUCCACAGUGUAUUUACAGCACUCUGAAAGUGUGGCUGCCAAAAGAAAGCCAAGACUUCAAGAAGAAGCAGUGGAGAAACAUACACUAUUUUUCGCUCCAUAAGACGCACUUUUUCUUCCUAAAAAGUAAGGGGAAAUGUCUGUGCGUCUUAUGGAACGAAUGUGUGGUCCCUGGAGCCAAAUUGCCCAGGGGCAAAAAGCAGAUUGUGCUCUUUUUUUCUUUUUUCUUUUUUUGAAAGAGGGAAGUGGGUGUUGAAACAGCUGCUGAUCAGCAAGUGAUUGGGAACGAGAUAAGGGACGCUAGCAAUAAAGGAGGCUGCCUGGGAGGGGGGAGGUAAAGACAGCAAACUUGCAAGGAGAGGAGACAGGGAGACUAAAGCAAUGAGGAGAGAAAUUAGAAGAAAAGGAGGAGCAAAACACUGCUCCAGCUAAGGAAAAGACACUAAGGUAAACGAGGGAAGGUAGUGUUGAAAGGAAGCAUCUGAUCGGGGAGGGAGAUAAUGGAUGCUAGCGAUAAAGGAGGCUGCCUGGGAGGGGGGGAGGUAAAAGCCCAUGGAUCCUCUGGAUUUUUGCAUUGGGUCAUCCCAAAUUCACCAUCAGAUCAUAUAGCAUGUCCAUGGCUACAGCCUGCACCAAAGAAAACACAUACCCACUGUUGCCUGGGGCCGCAAUGGCGCAAAAACGUGGUUACAAAGCACAGAUCCACAUGGAUUCUCAGGAUUUUUGCAUUGGGCUACCCCAAACUCACCGUCAAAUCACAUGUCUGUGGCCACAGCAUGAACCACAAAAAUCAUACAUCCAGUUUCGUUCAGAAUAUUUUUUUUUCUUGUUCUCCUCUAAAAACUAGGUGCAUCAUAUAGAGCGAAAAAUGCGGUAUUUACCAGUUCCUCUUGUCUCAAAAAGCACACUCAUAGGCUUUGUAUCUCCUCAGGUCAUUCCAUAGACUGAAGGAAUGCCAUGCAUAGAAAGUGAAUCACACACACACAGAGGGAGAGAGAAUCUUAACAUCAUCAUCAUCAUCAUCAUAAUAUAAUUAAUUUUAUUUAUAUCCCACCCUCCCCAGCCAUAACUGGGCUCAGGGAGGCUAACAUCAAAAUAUAAACACAUUAAUACAUAAAAUUCAACAUUUGACUGAAAUAUAGUUUAAAAUCAGAUUAAAAUCAAAUAAGAUCACGCACCUCUGGUAUCAAAUAUGGAUGGUUUUGGAAAGGAUUACAUGUUUAUUCAGUUCUUUCAGCAAGCAUUCUUAUGGAGGGGACCACACAAAAACUGUUCAGUCCCUGGGCCCCUCAAGAGUCUAACAAAGGACCUGGUCUUGGCUGUGUGGUACAUUAUAGUUUAAACCUGUGCACAAUACUGAUAGGUGUGCUUUAUAGCCCUUUUAAUUCUCUCAAUAUGCUUCAUAGGUCCAUAGUUUAGAACUAAGCGUUGCAAAAUGUUCUCGGGGUGGCGCAGUGGGGAUACGGACCACUAUAUGAACGUAGGAAAACGUCCUUGGGUUAAGUCAGACCAUUGAUCCAUCUAGCUCGGUAAAGACUUGCAGUUUGAUGGUGGCUCUCUAGAGUAGCCUUUCCCAACAAAAUGCCCUCUAGGUGAUAUCCAUCAGCUCUAGCCAGCAUCACAAAUGGUGAGGGCUGGUGGCAGUCACAGCCUGAAGCUUGAGGAGGGCACUAUAUCAGGGAAGGCUGCUUUAGGAUUUUGCUAUCUGCUUGCCUACACUCGUUUCUAAAAGCUUCCCAAGGCUUCUGCUUCUUCCUCAGUACUGUUAAAAAAAUAGGUUUGUAUUUUUUUUCCACUGGAAUUUAAACCUGAUAAGGGGCUGACGAAUUUAGUUUGACCUUGGGUGCCACAAAUUUGAGUUACCUGCCAGGAAUCUGUGCCUUUUAUGAAUGGUUUGGUCAUGUUUAGCACUAGGGUUGCUCAGGGAGCGGGGCGGGGAGAGCUGAAGAUCAUCAGUGUCAUGCUGUACCUCUGAGUACUUGCGCCCUAAAGUAGAGAAUGACAUAAAUUAGCCCCCAAUUCCUCCCAGUUGGGAGGAUGGCUGUGAUAAUCAUAGUCCCUAAAGGAAUUUUGAAUAUAGCACAGAAAUGUGUGACUCUUGUCAGGAGAUCUUGGAACAGGUUUAGUGCUAAUAGUUAAAUUUUCCAUUUGCUAUGAAAUGAUACAGAACCUAAAAUGUUGGUGUUAAUCUACUAUACCAGCUUCAAACUAUAGCUAAACUCGUACAAGGUUAAUUUUGCGCAGUGUUUGGGUUGGAGGGCCUUGUAUGCAUAAGUAACAAAUCUGUAACAUUGAGUAAAAUCUCUUUACUCAAAGAGAGCAGCAUAUGUAGAAUAAAGUGUGUUCCUGAUCUAGACUGCUGAACAAGGAAAUGUGGUUGGAACACUUCAAGCUGCUUUUGACUGUGGGUUCUAAUUUCAGAUAAUCAUGUAGACAUACAUGCCUAAGCCUUAAAUGCUUUGCUUUCUCAAGUAACUUUUGCAAGGCUUCAAAAGAACAUUCAGUAGUAUGACUUCAACACACUCCAUUAAAUCUUCUUUUAUAAAUGAGUGAAUUUUUCUCCAUUAACUGGCAAAACUUCCUACUUUACAUUUGGUAUUGUUUCCUGUAAGUUCCUUUCAACUAAGCUGCCUAGAAGAAACUAAUUCCUUAUUUCCUUUAAGUGGGUAAAAUCCUAUUGUGAAAGUUCUCAGUUUGAGGCCAGAAACAUUUCCAAAACGUUCAACUUGAUAUCGCCUCCUCUAGUCUAUAAGCGUGUAGAGAUCCUUUUGUACAGAUCACACACAGUACACCACCUGCUGCAAGGAAAGAUGUUGGACCGGUGCCCCAGCAUACCCUUUACAAAAGAGGACAGAAUCGCUCUGAUCAUAUGCAGGAAACAAGCAGCGACUCUCCUCCACCAAUACAGUGUGACUCCUCUACAGCAGGACAUUCAUGCAACCUAGGUCAUAGCCAGCUUCAAGAUUCUAUACCUCCAGGUGUGGUGUGCCCCACCAUGAAGACCUGUCCUACAAUUUGAGAACCACAGAAUUACGAGAUGGAAUAAACUAAUCCAGAGUCAUCUAAAGAGGCAACAAUCCUAGUGGCUCUUAAGGAUAAUUGAAUGAGUAAAUCUUUUGAGAGAGCAGUCAUGUGGCCUCCAGUGAAACUAGUAAAUAGUAACUAAUGGAGUUAUUUAUACUGUUGUCAGUAUUCACCAGUUACCUAACCUAAUAGUAAAAGUUCUAAAAACACACUAGUCUGGCUUGGAACAAAGCUGUAACGAUAAAAUAGAUUUUGAUGAUCAGUAAUACGUGACCAAUACCUCCUAGUGUGUUUCCAAACAAGUCACCUGGAGUAUCUAAAAGAGUACUUACAGUUGCUUGGAUUGAUGGCAGAAUAUACAUAACUUCUAAACCAAAUUUGUAUUAACCAAUAUCCAUAAAACCAAAUUGAGAGCCAGCAGUCCUAAAUAGUGCAACUUUCUUUCAACAAACAAAACCACCUUUUCUCUCCUCAGGCGCAAUCUUACAAAGCAAAUUUAGAAACUCUGGCCAGUGUAUUAUAUAGCAGCUCAGUACCAUGUCUUUGCAAGAAGUUCCAUGUUUUUCACAUUUUCUUAAAAACCUAUGUAUGUGCUUUGGAAGUGAUCCUGGUAUUUGGUAUGUGUGGGUGAAAUACAGUGCUCUAGUUUUGCUGUUCACUACUCAAAAAAACGCUGAGGCAGAGUGCACACAGGUACUAGGUUCAGUAUUUCCAUUAAAAGGAUCACUGAUAGCAGGACUAUGAAUUCCACUACCAGGCCUAGAUGGCUGGAUUUCAUAUAAGACAGUUUUAUAUAUAUUCUGGACUUCCCUGUUGCUAAUUGCUACUUGGAGGUUUAGUUAAUGCAGACUCAUCCAAGUCUAGUUUUUCCUGCUCCUAAGUUGUUUUGUAAUGCAAGCAGCAGUAGAUUUAGUUACCACUUGUUUCUUUCAAUCUAGGCAUAGCAAGAGACCAUUUCUCCUUUCUUCCUCUGUCACUUGAGCAAAAUCAUCAUGGGAAAUGAACUAAACAUAAGCAAUCGGAAGCUCAGUUCAUGUGCAAGCCAUGCACCAAAGUUGUGAGUUCACUUAGUGGAAUAGUGUCAUCUAGAGGUAAUUACAGUUGAUAUUAUCUUAGGUUGUAAUUAUUCAAGGUAGAGAAAACUGCUGAUCGCCAACGUUCUGCUAUCAUUAUUGCUGUUGCAACUUCUGUAGCCUAUGAUCCAGUCUUUACAACUGUAAAGCGUAAGUACAAGGUGGUUGUACCAUUUUUGUAUUAUAGAAAACAAGGUAGGAGGACUGAAUUACUUGCAGCACUGGUUCUCAAACUGCGUGUGCCAGUCUCUUAAGCCAGGAAUGCAUCACAAAGUUUCUGGAAGGAAUAAGAUAUUUAUGGAGGUGGUCAGUGUCUCCUGUACUAGCUAAGGUUUGGAUGGAUUUAAGGCCCCCUGGCAGAGGAACUUCACUGGACCCCAUUGGAUUCUGUGGAGUGACUGAACCCUCAUUGCUCCACUCUUCAAAGGGAAGCCAAUAAAUUGUUCUGUUUUGCCUGCACAUAGUUUCUAGAGCAGAGAUGGUGGGCUGGGGUCAGUUGUUUUUUUCUAAUGCUAGUGUUAGGCUUAGUAUCUCAGUCCAAAGAUCUUGCAGGUAGCAGUAGUUUAUAUGGACACAGGUUAUUUGUCUAUCUGCCCACCUGUGGAACAAACAAUUUGGGUUUGGAGGAGUGGGUCAGAAGAUGGAGUAAGUAUAGAAGGAGACCUCAAAUUUUGAGAAACAGCGUCUGCAGGGUUUCAGAAUGGCAAAUCCUAAGUGAAGGGUUUUUUUCAUUGAUGGGAGGGAGGAUCUUUCGGAAGCGAUCGUACUGCUGACAGACGCAUUCAAAAUGUGUCUUGGAAAGCAUCUUCUAGCCCAGGGGUCAGCAAACCUUUUUAGCAGGGGGCCGGUCCAUUGUCCCUCAGACCUUGUGGGGGGCUGGACUAUAUAUAUAUAUAUAUUUUAAAAAUGAACAAAUUUCUAUGCCCCACAAAUAACUCAGACAUACAAGCACACAUUCUACUCUGAUCCCCGGACCGUCCACGGGCCGGAUUUAGAAGGCGAUUGGGCCUUAGUUUGCCUACCCGUAUUCUAGCCCUCCAUAAUGCAAGCACAUGCUUUCUGGCAUGAUAUUUUCAUAAGGGAACGUGAUUCACAGAGGCUUGAAUAGGAUUUAAUGGAAGGAGCAUGUUGACAUACAUAGUUCAAAUGUCUUUGCCAGGGCUGACAUUCUGGUUCGAAACAUUAUUAGAAAUCUCAGUACUAUGAUGCUAGUGGUGUUCUCAUGGAGGAGCCUGUGUCUAGGGCAGAAGUUGUAGCAAUAGGACACCUGCCUUACGUUCUCCAUGUUACUGAAGGCAGAAUUGACUCAGUUGUUCACAAGCAAGACUGGAAGCAGGGGUUCUUAACUCCUGCCAAUCAAAGUAGUGUGUUUCUUUUUCUACAGACAGUUUUUGGUGUUAACCACUGCUACUACCUAAUAGCAAAGUGAGCCUCUUCAAAAUGCCAAACAGUGAUGUGAAAUAGUAAAGCUAGGAAUGGGAGGGGGGCAUCUUAAAAAGCCAUGCUAUUAAUGCAGCACAGUAAUUGCUAAUAACAGGUCGCUUAUUCUCUAAUUUGCUUGCCUACAGCACUUCAUCGCCACCUGGUUGCUUUUUUAGCUCCUGUGUACAUGUGCCCUUGGAAGUGGGUGCUUAUCUAGGGGUGAAACAUGGGGUUUAAGGCUGUGCCAUGGAGGGUAUACACACAUGUGUCUUUACUUGAAUAUAUUGCUGUUACACGUUAGGCAAGUGCUAAAUUAAAGGCUGGUUUUUGUUAUCAACAUUGUGUUCCCUUUAUGCUUUGAAUUUUCACUUAAUGGGGUAUUUGUCAUUAAAUAAUUUGUUGUUGGGGCAUCCAGAAAUGGGUUAACUCAGCCUUUUUCAACCUGUGGGUCCCCAGAUGUUGUUGAACUACAACUCCCAUUACCCCUAGCUAGCAAGACCAGAGCUCAGGGAUGAUGGGAGUUGUAGUCCAAUAACAUUGGGGACCCACAGGUUGAGAACCACUGGGUUAACUAGUCUAGAUUAGGAGCAUGUUUCUUUCCUGGUUAGAUUAGCUUUCCUCAACUCUGUCAACAAGUACAUUGGUAAUAAUAUAAAGCGAUAAUAGAGCUUUCUUCAGAGCAUAUUUUGGUGCAGAAUUCAGUAGCCAGAUUGCUCACUGGAGCAAGACAGUUUGAGCAUUAUUCACUGAUCCUUGCCCUACUGCACUGGCUACAGAUUAGUUUCCAAGCCCACUUCAAAGUGCUGGCUUUGACCUAUAAACCUAUAAACCCAUAAACGGCACAGGACCUCAAUACCUCAAGGACUGCCUCUAUAUGAACCUACCUGGACCCUGCGAUCAUCAAAUGAGGCCUUUCUUUUGUGUGCCUCCCCCCAAAAGGUCAGGAGGGUGCCAACACAAGAAUGGGCCAUUUCUGCAGUGGCUACCUGUUUGUGGAAUGCUCUCCCCAGGGAGGUUUGGCUGCUGCAUUCAUUAUACUGUGCAUCUUUAUGCACCAUUAACAUCAUAUACACUUUUAAAUGGGGGGAGGGGGUUAUUUGUUUGGGGUUUUUUUGUUUCUUCCUGUUUUUCUAAUGUAUAUUGUGUUUUUAUCUUAUGUUGUGAACCGCCCUGAGAUCUACAGUUGAAGGGUGGUAUAGAAAUAUUAUUAUUAAUAAUUAUUGAGACGUUAUGCCAAUUGGGAUUUUCCUCUGGUAUAUGAAACCAGUGGACAUUAAAGUAGUGCAAACCAUUUUGACUUUCAUUGGUAAAGAGUUCUGGAGAGUAAGAUUGGUAGAACUAGUUUUAAAGGAUAUGUAUCAGUCUAUGGACUGGGCAGAUGUUAUAAGUUUUUCCUGCGUAAAACAAACUGUCCAGUAAAUGGCAAUCUGCAGGAAACCAAUACCAUGACUCAGAUCCAAUUUUGUGUGCCUUUCGGUGCUUCUUCUGUCCUUUAAAAUUGGAAAAACUGCUUGCCUAAGAACUGCAAAGGCAGUUUGAUAUGUGAAGGCAUGUCGCUCAACGUCAUAAGAGUGUUUUGCUUGCUCUUGGGUUGGGUUGUACUGUGGUUUUUUUUUUGUAAGCUGCAUUAUAUACGUAUCAGGUGAGUGUAAAUCUCAUCUACGAUUGGGAAAUUGUUUCUCUCGGAAACUUUACAAAAGUUGUAUUUCAUCAGAUGCAUGUGAUUAGCAUAUUGCAAAUAUCCUUUUCUUGAGCAAGGUCCUCAAGCUGGCGGUGACUCUUCUGAAUGAGAAUGAUCUUUCCCUUUCAGUCUGGUUCUGACACACUUAGUUGCCCUGAUGGAUAACUGUGUUGGGAUAAUGAGAGUUGGAGUGAAACCCUGAUAAUUUUCCUGAACUGCAUGUUGGCCUCUGAUGCCAUCGCCAUCAGCCUUUCCAAAACAAUACCUGUUACCUGGCUUCAGAGACGGCAUGUUGUUGUAGUUCCUCUCCUAAUUGCACGGCUAAUUCCUGAAGGGUGUAAUUUAAUUCCUGAAGGUGUACUUUGAUGUGAGGUGGUGGAAGUAUUGAAUCCACUGUCUGGUGAUGGAUGAGGGCCAUCCACCCAGAGCUCAAUCCUAACAAGAUGAUGGUGCUGUUGAUAGGUGGCUUUUCUGCCUAGGCACAAACAACUUGGACACAGUUGCAUUUUCUCCGAAGGACCAAAUUUACAAUUCAGGGGUGUUAACUAUUCCAGCUUUGUCACUGGGGGAUUGCCUCUGUGGUUUGUAGCACCUAUCUUCAUUGUGGGCUGGUGCACCAGCUAAAUCCUGGACAGAUUUGGCCUUGCCUUGGUAAUUCAUGCUCUGAUAGCCUAUUGCUUUGCACUAUACAUGAGAUUUCUUUUGAAAUCUGGAGAUUUCAGUUGGCUCACAGUGUAGCUGCUUGACGUCUAACUAGGUCUUAUCCUAGGGAGCAUGCCAUGUGCAACCCAAAAUAGCUAUGUUGGCUUGUAACCCAUUUACAGUCUCAAUUCAAAGUGCUGUUGCCUACCUUUUUGAAAAGCAGUUUAUGGCCUGGAGUUUGGGUACUUAGAAUCAUAGAAUCUUUGAGUUGGAAGGGAACCAAGGGUCAUCUAGUCCAACCCCCUUCAAUACAGGAAUCUCAGGUAAAGCAUCCAGACAUAGUCUCAAUGAGGUUUAUGAACGUGACUAACUUAGGUCUAUCUUUGCUUGCUCCCAAAUGUAACUGGAUGUGAAUUGAGUUCUGUGACAUAAGGUCCUUGUGAAGUGAGGCAGGUGGUGACUGGGGUGAGGGCCUUUUGGUUGUGGGUGUCCCCUUUGAAGCUAUUCUUUCCAGCGAGGCUUGCCUAGUGAUCACUCUGUCAUUUUGUUAACAGGCAGAAAAUGUAAUUUUUUAAAAGGUGCCUCUGUUUUAUUACAAGCAGCCCCAAGGGCAUUGCUGAAGGGCACAAUUAAGCAUCCUGGUUUCCUGUAUGUAUGUAUGUAUGUAUGUAUGUAUUUGCUUGCACACUAGGUCAUGGGUUGGCUUAGCAUGGCAUGCAGAUGGGAGCCAAUAUGUAAGCGAAAGACAGCUCCGCACAAUGGAUAUUCCCUAUCCCUAUAUCCUCCCAUCCCAAAGCAAGCUCUCCAGAAGGUUGGCAGAGAACUAAUGAACAUGUUGUGCCCUGUUGUGUAGACCUGCGAUAGGAGAGGGAAGUUGUGCAAAAUGGGCAGAACAAAUCAACUUUUAUUUGAGAGCACUAUUUGGGAGCAUAGGGGACUGUAGGGAGGAGUAGGUGAAGGGAUAGGUUGGUUGCAUGAACUGCCUUCUGCUUGUGCAGUGUUGGAGAUGACUCAUAAAGGUGUAGGUAGGUUAAUUUGUAACACAUCCCUCAAAGUGUGCUAGUUCUUACUUUAUUUCAUGCACUUUUAAUAUACCUCUUGACUGUAAGAAAAAAUGCACCCUCAAAGCGGUCUGGGGAAAAAAGAAUAAAAUGGGAAAAACAGCUAUUUAAAGCAUUCAAACAAUAAUAAAAAACAGUGGUAAGGUAAAAGCCGAUUAAAACACAUGUAAACAUUCUACAUCUCUGGGUAGGCUUGUCUAAACAUGUUUUUAGCAGGUGCCAAAAAGACUACUGUGAAGGCUCUUGACUGAUGUCAUUAGGCAGGGAGUUCCACUUCUGCCACACUAAAAGAUUGAUUUCUCACAAAUGUGGAAUUAGUAUUACGUGGCAACGAUAACUUUACCAGUUCUACAGAUCGAAGCUGUUAAGUGAGCAUAAAUGAGGUAAGGUGAUCUUGCAGAUAAACUGGUCCCAAGGUGUUAAGGCCUUUAUAUAAUAAUGUCACACCAUGAACUUGGCCUGGUAGCAGAUCUGCAACCAGUGCAGGUCUCUGGCAGCGUCUAACUCCUGUCAGCAGUUGUGCUGCAGCAUUAUGCACUAAUUGCAGCUUCUGGAUCAAGUGCAAGGGAAGCGCCACAUAGAGUGCAUUGUGAUAAUCCAGUCUUGAAGAAACCAAUGCAUGAACUACUGUGGCCAGGCUUUCCCAGUCCAGGAAUGGCCAUAGUUGUCAUAGUAGUUUCAAUGGCUGGAAGUGCCUUCAGUUACAAAGCUGGAUCCAGAAGCAGCCCCAGAUUGGGAACCUGCACAUUCAAGUGGACUUAAUUGCAAUCUGCAACAAAGAUACAGUAGUACCUUGGUUUACAACCAUAAUCCGUUCCAGAGGUCCAUUUGUAAACCAAAACAGGUUGCAAUCCAAGGCGUGCUUUCGCCAAUGGGGCCUCAAAAAUAAAAAUAAAAAAAAUUGUCCGUGAUAAAAAAAAAAGGUUGCAAACCCAGGACACACACGUCCGGGUUUGACGUGUUUGUAAUCCAAAACAUAUGCAAACCAAGGUACCACUGCACUGUGUUGUGAAGUCGUUAUCUGUGGUCAGACUUUAAUUCUGCUGUAUGCCGUUUCUUUGAGUGGUUAUGCUAUGUUUCCUUCUGAGAAGGAAGCUAAAUUAUAUUGCAUGUCAUGGGAUGCUUCUGCACAGUAAAUGCUUGCUUUACUCUGAAAACGUACAAACCUCUGAAAAUGUAGCAAAAUGGAGAAUAUUAAGGCAGUGACUUAUUUCCUUCAUUUCAAAUACAGUUGUACCUCGGGUUAAGUACUUAAUUCGUUCCGGAGGUCCGUUCUUAACCUGAAACUGUUUUUAACCUGAAGCACCACUUUAGCUAAUGGGGCCUCCCGCUGCCGCCGCGCCACCGGAGCACAAUUUCUGUUCUCAUCCUGACGCAAAGUUCUUAACCCGGGGUACUAUUUCUGGGUUAGUGGAGUCUGUAACCUGAAGCGUAUGUAACUUGAGGUACCACUGUAGAGGUUGAAGUGCCCGUGUAUGAUAGAAGUUGAUUGUGUGUUUCUACAACAAAGUGUUAGUGACUUGCUCCAUUAAUAUAACAUAUUACUUUCUGUGGCAACAAUUACAGUGCACAAAUACAGUGAACACUCAAGGAUUGUAGGUAUAUACAUAAAAAUGAAUGUAAAUACUUGAAAGUGCCAUGCUAACUUGCUAGUGUGCGUUGGAAAAACUUAAGCUAGGAGAGCCAGUGUGGUGUAGUGGUUAAGAGCAGUAGUCUUGUAAUCUGGGGAACCGGAUUCACGUCUCCGCUCCUCCACAUGCAGCUGCUGGGUGACCUUGGGCUAGUCACACUUCUUUGAAGUCUCUCAGCCUCACUCACUUCACAGAGUGUUUGUUGUGGGGGAGGAAGGGAAAGGAGAUUGUUAGCCACUUUGAGACUCUUUAGGAUAGCGAUAAAGUGGGAUAUCAAAUCCAAACUCCUCUUCUUCCUCCUCCUCCUCCUCCUCCUCCUCCUCCUCCUCCUCCUCCUUCUAAGCUAGGAGUAACUUCUGAAAGUUCAUGUUGCAGUUAGUGAACCACGCUGUAUUCUUGAAGUACAGUCAUGAACUAAGAUUGCUUAAAAGGCUUCCAAAUAAAGGCUCAACUCCUUCUGAAGUUUAGUAUAGAUUGGAUGAAUACAUGGGUAAAAGGGAAACUUGGCUAGGUGUCAGGAGGUUGUAACAACAUCGCUAAAAAUCUUGACUUUGUUCAUCACAUUCUUAACUGAUGAAGGUUGGUAGCAAUGCCUACCUGCAGCGUAUUAAUACUACCUUUGCUUUACACUGUGUAUGUAUCGAAUGCAGCUACAUGUCAAGGGAUGCUUCCGCAUCCCAUUCUUUAUGGCUUGCUUGCAUGAAAGUACACUAACAAGCUAUUCUUAGUAAGGAAUGAGCUUUUUUGUCUUGCUUCCCUUGACUCAUGAGUACCAAACAAGUUAGCUGUAAAUGUUCACAACCUCUGAACCCUGCCUCCAUUAAUUCUUUAAGAGAACAUGGUACCUGUUUUGUGUCACUCUGUAACAGUAAUUUGGUAUGGAAUUAAAUUUGAAAUGGACAGAAUAUAAGAUCCUCUUUCUAUUACCUUUCGGGAGGGGCAGAAAUGACCUCUAUAUAGGAUGUUCUCUAAAGGUAAUAUUUCUUUUUAUAGGAACUUAGUGACUUGGCUCGUGACCCACCAGCUCAGUGUUCUGCAGGCCCUGUUGGAGAUGACAGUAAGUAACUGACAAACUAAGUUUAAACCUAAUAAACCAAUGUGACUUGCUCUAUGUCUGUCUAUAUGCUCUUUUCCCUAAAGAAAUACUGAAUUUUUCUUUUUUCCCUCCUUCUUCUCAGUGUUUCAUUGGCAAGCCACAAUUAUGGGCCCUGUAAGUAUUUCAACUUUCUGAACGAUGAUUUAAAAUAGAAAUGUUUGAAACUCUAAGGCCACUCUCAUAUCUGUUUUGAAGGUGUAUUAGUAGGGAGGUUAUAGUACAUUUUAUUGGACCAACUAAUUUUUCUCGGUACAGAUAUUUUUCUGCUUCUCUUGGGAGGCUAAGGAGGCUACCAGUAUUUGUCCUGAAAGUAGAGAAUCUUUGUAGACCUCUUCCUCAAAUUGCACACAAUAGAGAUUUGUUUUAUUAAAAUAUUUCUAUACUACUGCUACCAGAUCAGUCUUUGAAUAGUUUACACUGUAUCUUCAACCUUUUCAGACCCAGAGCCCAUUUCUAAUAUAAACAUGCAUUUGUUUUCUUAAACUGUUACUUGCGUGGUGUCAGUGCAUCUGUUCCAACCCACCUCAGAUCAGUUAAAGACCAGUGCUUUAUACAACUCAAAAUACCAAUAACAAUAUUUUAACAUCAAAACUGCAUAGUAAGCAAGCAGAUAAAACAGGACUGUCAGCAAGAUUUAAAUUGCCUAAACGUAAAUUUUAAGAAUCAAAAAAGGUUUCAUUUAGUGACUGAAAGGAGUGUUGUAAUGCAAAAGACUGUUUCUCUAGUUACUUGUCAAUAGACAUGGAAGAAUCUUCAUGGGGAUUUCCAUAUCUUAUCUUUUUAUAAGACCGUAUUGCCAUAUGCAGUGCUUGGUUAAACUGAGCUCUGGUAGAAAUCUGGUAAACAUUUUGUUGCAGAUGGUUUUGCUUAUAGUUAAGCUAAUAUUUAAUCUUUGAGCACAGCUUAAUGGUACUGUGCUUUGCUAUUCUGAACUCUCUAUGGGUCCUGCUAUAACUCGGCUCUGAAUUUCCUUCUGACAGAAUGACAGUCCAUAUCAAGGUGGUGUUUUCUUCCUGACAAUUCACUUUCCUACAGACUACCCUUUCAAACCACCCAAGGUAAGCAUAAAUUUGGAAGAGUCUUUUGCUUCUAAAAUAUUGAACCUCUCUGGGCUUGUGAAUUAUAUGCCACUGUGUAAGAAACAAGUAUUUUUGUGGCUAUAUUUGCUUACAGUGCUUGUGUGAUCUCUAAUAGAAAAGCCUUGGCAGCUAGUUUUCCAUUAAAUAACUGGUUUGCAUGCUAAUCUUGCUCAGGUUUGGAUUGAAUUGCAGCUAAUAGAUGAAUUGUGCUCAAAAGAUUCCAUAAAUCAUAUAAUUUCUGAUUUAGUUCUAAAACUGUCUUUCAUGCUUUUUUCUGGGGGGAUGCAGGGGUACGCAUACCCCUAAACAUUUUGUGAAUCUAAGUUUGACCUCAUUGAGGGGGCAGUAUUUCAAUAUGAGUAGGAAAGUGAGAGUACCCCUAAACAUUUUUUAAAGAAAAAAAGCACUGGUUAUAUGUAUGAAUCUAAGUUGGAUUCAAGUGAUUAUAUGAAGUGUUUUGUUCAGAAAUUAUUGAAAGUGCCUUCAGUCUAGUUCCAUAAUGUUGACUGGUGAUAAUUUUAGUAAAACCAAAUCAUGAACCAUACAACUAAAUUUGUCUCCAAGGUAAUUCAAUUCUUUGUUCAAAACAGCAGUUCCAUGUGUUGCACAGCAGACGUCUUACUAAUGUUUCUGUAAUUCUCUUGAAUCUGUCAAGUACAGUAUUACUGUUACCCCCAGACAGUGCUAGGCAAUGAUGUGAGUGGGAUACUGCUGGCAAAAAAAGCUUGUCCUGUGAGUUUAUGGAGAAAAUUUAUAUAAUUAACAAGAGUGCCCUGGCUUUCUGGGUGACCUGGAGCAUAUUUGGGGAGUGUGCAGAGGGCUGAGGUGGGGAGGAGUGGAAGGUGAAGUUCCAUUAUACAAGCAGAAACUCAUUUUACUUUGCUUUAAUUCACAAAAAAUGCUCCAGAUGAAAAAUUGGGAAAUGUCCUAAUCUUUUUAUCAUAGUGGGCAUACAUUCACCGUAUUUUCUAAGAAGUUGGCAAGAUAAAAUAUGGAAGUAGCUGACUAGAAUACUUUAGAUGUGAAUAUAUAAAAUGGCAUUUAUUUCACUAAUUUCUUGCUAUAAAUGUGCCCCCUCACAUGCAUAAACUCUGAAUAUUUACAAUAAUGCACACAUAAACACCACGUAAUUUGAACUUUGGUGUUUUUAGGUCAAGUACCACAGGUCACAUCACAUUUAGUGCUUAUGUAGGUUUUAAAAAAAUAUUGAUUGAUCUUGUAUAAAUAAGUGAAAACAGUAAAAUACUUGAGUGGGGAAAGAGUACCUAACAUGUGAGCAAUUCCCUCAAUGGCAUGUUUAAAUAAAUAGUGUGUACUCUAAAUAUUCUGACAACCAGCACCUUUAACCAGAACAAAAGGACAUGUGUGCUAACUGCAAAUUGAUAUACAUUUCUUCUAGGUUGCAUUUACAACAAGAAUUUAUCAUCCAAAUAUUAACAGUAAUGGCAGCAUUUGUCUCGACAUUCUAAGGUCACAGUGGUCUCCUGCUUUAACUAUUUCUAAAGGUAAGGGAAGUAUUUCACAAAAAUGUUGUCAUUGGGUUAAUGAAGCCGCUUGUAUUUUUUUACUCCCAUUGUGGGAAAGAGGCAUAUCUGAAUGUAUGGCUUCUUCCUCUCUCAGUGUAUCUUUGAUUGAUAUUUGAGUGCUAUUUUGACUUCAUUGUUCUGACCAUGACUAUUAAAAUUUGCAGUAUAUGUAAAACUUGGGUGCUAUUUAAAAUACUGAUUUAGAACUGGCAAGAGAAAAAAUCUAGCCUAAAUAAUAUGCCAACUUUGUAGCAUAUUAAAAUGUAAGAUUUUGAUGUAGUGAUACUGGAGUUGAAGGACACUUUCAUGUAUUUACAGUCAAAAUAUUCAGGCACUUACCAUCACAUAGGUGAUUGCUUUCUUCUUUGAUAUGUCUCCUUGUACUGAUAAGCGAGACUUCCUAGAAAGUCAUCAGAGUGAUUUGGUUAUAGGAGCACUUCUGUAGAGAAUUGUGAUUUUGGCUAAGGAGCAGUAAGCAUUACACCUGAACUUGGAUUAAUACAUGCCAUGUCUAUGUGUUUACACAGUGUUGUCCAUAGGCAGAAAGGAAUGUAGACAAUAUGGCUCAAGCUAUUAAAAUCUAGGAUGAAGUUUGUGUUCUGCAAUUUGCAGCAUUCAUGUGUAUAAAGCUUUUAAAAGAGCAUUCAGUUGUCAUUGCAACCAGGGGUGCCAGCAGGAUUUUAUUGGGCCCUCCGCCCCACUUGUAAAGGAGGGCACAAAUUUGCUUAAGUUUUGCAGAUGCUUAGUGUCACAUGGCAAUUUGUAUUGCCUCUUUGGGGUGAGAUGGAGGGCUUAAAUUCCCAAAUGAACCUCCAUUUUCUGUAUCUAGAGAAAAAUCGAGUGAACCACACUGGGGAAGACUCCGCCAAAAGGUUUUAAAAUGUCUGGAGAAGGGACUUCAUGGGUCAUUUUAAAACAAUGUUAGGUUAUUCUUGAGCAUGUACAAUCAUGGGUCUGGCUUGACACUUUGACUGUAAAACACUGAAAGGGGUUAUCCGAAUUUUAUCUUUGAGAUUGCUUCGCAUGUUACCUGAAUGUUUUGUUUAACAUUCAUUCUACAUGGGAUGAAGAUUUAUAAGGAAAGAAAAGAAAACGGGGUCUAGGCCUUGUACAGUAGUACCCCAUCUCAGCAUCUCUGAUUGUAAUGAAUGUGGUCACAUCCUUUAGGCAACCUUUUUAAUAAAGUAUAUGAGCCUGAUCAUACAUGCAAAUUGCAGUGGGAGACAAUUAGCUUGUCUUUCAAUGAAGUAUUUCAUAGUCCUUUUCGGAUUUUCACCAUAAAUGCUACUCUUUUGUUGCAGUACUGUUAUCCAUUUGUUCACUGCUAUGUGACCCAAAUCCAGAUGAUCCCCUAGUGCCAGAGAUUGCACGUAUCUAUAAAACAGACAGAGACAAGUAAGUAUAGCUCCCUUGGAAAGAUUGCCUUAGUGAAGAGAUGUGGCUAGAAAAUUAUUGAGUUUCCUUUGCUCUUUUCAAAUUGGAGUCUGACUUGGGUUAAAAUGCUCCGGUUAUUUUAAAAUACAGAAGGCUCCAGGACAGUGCUAAAACUGAAGUUAGACUCUAAUCCUGGCCAAAAUACUUAUUUCUGUUGUUUGAUUGUUAUGGAACAGUUGAAAAACAGCACACAAGGUUUUGAGUUUGAGGGAGGGCGGAGGGAGUGCAAACCUAUCCACUUCCAUGGCUCUUAACUAUUGCCUUCUGUUCUGGAUUUAACUGUGGUUGCAUCAAAUUCCCCAUUAGUUCUAGAACUGCUUCCAGGUAGACUUAAAGGAUCUAUUCGCUCAUCUUUCUUACUAAAUAUACUUAUCCAAUUAGGUACAAUAGGUUAGCAAGAGAGUGGACAGAGAAAUACGCUAUGCUGUAGGGUAAGACUAUCUGCACUUCAUGGUGCGUUAAUGAUGUUGGGACUUCAGCACUUGAGUGCAGCAUGCUUAAGGCACUGGAUUUAACUAACAAAUAAAAGAUUGUACCAGUUACUGAAAUACAAAGCUUAACAGCUCGAUCGGUAUUCAGUGUGAGAGACCUAUUUCUGCAUGGCUAAACAAGUAGAGCCAAACAUAAAAGGUGGUUUUCUAGUUGUUUUUCUUGGUUCUGCAACUGCUGCUUUAUCUGGUAGGUAUUUUUGGCACUACUUCAAAGAAGAUGGCUUUGGUCAUCUAAUAUAAACUGUUAAGUAAGUGAAAUUCAGAGCUCAUGAAGUAGAAAAAGUUACUAGGCAUGUAUAAGUAGGCACUAACAUAAUAACUGAGCAUGUAAACAUAGAACUGGUUCAAUCACAGUAGAGCUCCUGCACAGUUCUCUCAACAUCCCUGCUUUUUGAGAGGGAGGCUGGCUAAAGGACUUCAUGACUUGAUUGUGCUGUUUGUCAGAGUUUGGAAUUUUGCAUUACUUGUCAUAACACAACCGAACAUCCACCUGUACUUGCACAUUAAGAUGUGAUUUUCUAACAUGCAGUAAUAUGUUUUACACAUGAGAUAAAAAAAAUGGCAUGUGUGCUUUGCCCAGUGUCUCUUACAGAUUUAGGUUAGUGAUCAAGAACAACACCAAAAGUAGUACUGCGUCUUGAUGGAGAUAUUUUAAGGCAGUCUGUCUGGCGUUAAUGCUAGUUUUACUUCUUGUUUUUGUUAUUUGGAGUGGUUUGUUUGGGACAGUUAAGGAAAAUGGAAGCAUAGGUAGGGAUUUUGUAUGUUUAGAAUUCUAAUUUCUCCUAUUUUCAUUUCUGGAUAAAGUUGGCUGCUUUGUUUAGAGAUAAAAGAUCAAGAAUUUCUACACAAGUUAAACUAGGCGGAGCUGCUGUGUUGUAUCAGUAAUGUCAAGUAGUUUCUUCAUAUUAAGUUAGCAACUACUUCGCUAUAUUUUGAGUCUUCUGCCUGUUGGAUCGAAAGCUUGACUUUCUAGGUUUCAUGGGACAACAUAGUUGUUGGGUUUUUGUUUUUUUGAGAAAAGUAGUAUAAAUUAUCAUGUUCCUGGGAAGCUGAAGGAGACGUUAAUGUGUGGAAUAUUUUAUUGCUGAUUGUAGUUUGGCUGAUUUUGCUUAACAUGUUUUCCUCUUACAGGUACAACAGAAUAUCUCGGGAAUGGACUCAGAAGUAUGCCAUGUGAUGCUACCUUAAAUCAGAAUAACCUGCAUUAUAGCUGGAAUAAACUUUAAAUUACUGUUCCUUUUUGAUUUUCUUAUCCGGCUGCUCCCCUAUCAGACCUCAUCUUUUUUUUUUUAUUUACCUCUAUCCAUUCAUGCACAUGCUCAUCUGAGAAGACUUUAGCUCUUCCAGCUUUGGACAAUAACUGCUUUUUAGAAUCUGUAAAGUAGUUAUACAAGAACAAUUGCCCAAGAUUCAGAAUUCUUUAAAUGGAGCAUGUGUGUUGUGGCCAAUGUCUUCACUCUAACUUGGUUAUGAGAUUGAAAUCAUUCCUCACUGCUCUAACAGUUCUACUGAAGAUAUCGCCCAAAGGGAGGGAGAUGGAUGUUCAGUUUGCUCACAUCACAGGAAAUAACAUUGCUGUAGCAUCAUCCAUCUUGUUUUAAAUCCUUCCAGUGUUAGAGACUGAGGUUUCAUGACAUACUUGUGCUCAUAACUGGUAUGGCUGGAGAAUUGGUACAGAACCUGUAGCAUCAGCAGAACAGAACACGUGAUGUAUCUUAUGCAUGUCAAUAAAGGAAUGACCAGUUCUUGUUCUACAGAGAAUGGAAAUUGGAAGUCCAACAUCUCUUGUAUUCCAAAAUAGGGUCUCAGAACAUUUUUGUAACUCUCAUUUAAAUUUUGUUAGGAUGCUUGGAGCUAUUAGUUAAUCUAUCUUCCACAACAGUUUAAUAUAGCACUGAAUAAAUGAUGCAAGUUGUCAAUGGAUGAAUGAUCAACUAAUAGCUCUCCUAGUAAUUGAUUUUAUUUUCUUCAAUAAAGUUACAUAAACCAAUGAGUUAGCUGCCUGGAUUAAUCAAUAUGGGAAACAAAAAUCUUUUGUAAAAGCAAAGGUGGUUUUUGUAUAUACUUUUUGGGAUUUGCCUCAUUGUUUGACAUCAAAUAAUGAUGUGAAGUUAGAGUGAACCUUUUUGCCAUGUUCAGUUAUAAUACUUGGUCUGUUUUCAGGUUGACACAUUGAUCAGCCCUGGAGUAAGCAGAACUAAUAAGCUAAUCUAGUAGUGUAGACUUUAGUGUGCUACACAAGGUACUGGGAGCCAAGAGUUCAAAUAUGGACUUGGGGCCCAGCUGAUAAUAUGUACUGGUGUAUCAGAGACACGUCCAGAUGCACCCUGCUUGUUGACUGAGAAGCAUUUCUUCACCGUGUACACUUGACAGCUGAAAGAUCUUUAUGUGGGAGUAAUGAGGCAAAAAUUGCAAAAUAAAGUACUGUUUUGAUGUGGGAAUUGUCAUGAGGUUGUGUUGAAGUGAUUUUUCUAUGUGGGAUGUUUGCUAUCUAUCAAAGGACUACCAUGCUGCCACAUAACAUUAAUGAACAUUUUUGUUGCAGUGGUCACUUUUCAUUUCUGGUGGCUAAAAUGAGUGAAUAAAGUCAUUGCUACUGGGUUUUUUGUUUUGUUUUGAGAAGCACUGUCUUGUGCCACUCAUUCUUGAUCUUGUUGGUAAUAAGGUUUCUUUCCCCCUUUCUCUUCCUACACUCAUGAUUUUGUCUCCAUCCCUGUCUAUAGCUCAGCAUUUUCUAGCCUUGUAUGAUCAGUUUGUGCUUCUGUGACUUCUAGAUCCACUUCUGGCACUGCUUAUAGUUCUGUGCAUCCUAAUUCCUUGUCUCCACAUAACAGUGGAAACCUAGAUGUAAAAUAAAUGUUAAACUAACUUUUAUAAAAGUGGAAUAUGUAGUUUGGCCACUGUUUGUUUCAACUUUUAAACAUGAUGAAAACCUACACAUUCGGUUGCUUAUUCAAGACAAGCUCUUCAUUGCUGUGCCUUCUUCAAGGAGCUUCCAUCGCUAGUAAUAAAAGUCACCUUGGAGGGCAAAUGAGUGUUCACUUGCCAGUCAGGACUAGGUACUUGGAGGACGCUUCUCUGAUAAUUUUACAUUAAACAGUUUCUGUAACCCAGACUGCUAGCCAAAAUACUUUUUUUAAAAAAACGGAAUGAUCCGGCUAAAGCUAAACAUACAGUUUUCCUGGUAUCCACUAAAGUUUUUGGUUAAUUCUAUUGAUAUAAACAGGAGUUAUGAAGAGGUGCAUAAAUGUAGUUGGAUUGUGCAUGGGCGCAUUGUGCGCGACUGAGGUUCUAAACACAUCUGGAGGUGAAGUCCAUAGCAAGUAGCUUUCAUAUGAAAUUUAGGUUUGAGGUGUAAAGUUGAGAGGACACCAUGUUCUGGAUUAUAUAGUUGUGUAUAAAGCUAUGUGUGACUAACUUCUUAUUCAAUACACAUUUUCCAUGGCUAUUUUUUUACUGCUAUUAAAAUUCUGCAUUGCUAAUAUACAAGAGACUGGUUUCUAAACUGUACUUGAAAUUUGUAUAAUUGUACAAUCUGCAUAAAUCUGAGGCAAAGUUAGUCAUGUAGCCAAAUGUCAUCGCUUGGUGGUGUCCAUUUCCAGUCUAUAUUUCUUACUAUAUAGUUUGUUACGGAGUUCUAGUUUUUCUUCCAUGGUGGUAGGUUGUGGUAUUUACUGCUUCAUUGAGCAGACAAAAUUCAAACUUGUAUCUUGAACGUAGCUAAAUUAGGGAACUUUACAGAAACCUGUUUGCAUAAUUGAGUGUUCUUAGAAUUGAGGAACUUGGGAGAACUAUAGUCAUACAGCGCCCAUCACCUGAGGGAUAGCUCAUUUGGUAGAGCAUGAUACUCUUACAUCUCAGGGUCAUGGGGUUUGAGCCCCAUGUUGAGUGAAAGAUUCCUGCGUUGUAGAGAGUAAAUUAUCCUUGUGAUCCCUUCCAACUCUACAACUCUGAUUCUAUGAAUUCAUAUUGUUCAGAAAUUCCUACCUAGAGCCUUUUAAAUUCUAUUUCUUUGCCUUUUGCUGCUCCAAAAGCUUGAAAUGUGCGUUAAUUGAAGCUGAGAGCUUUUCUUAUGAUACAGGCAAUGUGUAUAUGCACGUGCACACACAGUUCACAUAGCAAAGCAGUGCAUUUUAAUGUCUAUUUCGAAAGUGUGGUUUUCCCUUUUGAAGCUUGUGGUAUGCACACGUUGGUGAGGACAAGAAUAGAAAGAUGGGACCAAGUUGAGCACGGGUGUUUUUCUCCAAAAUAGCACUGAGCUAACUAAGCUAAGAAAUGUCUACAAUAUGCAGACUUGAAUUUACUGAUGAACAUUAGGUGUUUCCUGACUGUUUCAGCUUCAUAUGAUCAUAUUGCACUUACUGGUUCAACUUUCAAGUAGUUGACUGCACUCCUGCCACUCUGUUGUUGGCACCCAUCUGUCUCAAGAGACAAUGGAGUGCACCUCUGGGGAUGAAGUCUACCUGUGUAGUGAACUCUGGGCAGUGUAUAUGUCUCAGCUGCCCAAAGACAGGACCCCCUUUUAUCCUUGUAGAUAUGGUCCAAAGGAAAUCGGAGCAAUAAGUUCAGCACCAGCUUGGCUGCAGGAGUUGCCAGAAGGAGGCGUACAAGACGCCGUCCAACCGCCUUAGGGACUCAACUCCCAGAUUUGUAUAGAGUUUACUCCUUAGCCUUUUCGUCUCCUAAAGAUGUCCUGAAGUCUUUCACGAAUGAAUAUAGCUGCAAGGCAUUGGAGGUUUAGGAUCAGAGUUUUCCUUCCCAAGUUGACGAGCCCCAUCUGCUCCACAUUUCCUUCCACAGCAAGUGCAGAAGCCGCCCUCUUAACCAUUGGACCCCCUAUUGGUCUUAUCCGCUGAUCGCCAGACCCUGUCUUCACAUGUAGGGGACGUUUCUAACUCACCGAGGGUUUGAGACCCAAUGGGGUGGGGUAGUACCUAUGGUCAGAGGCACAUUGUGCUCCUUAUGGGGUAGUUUGUCCACCUUUGGUCCGCACCCUGGACUCAGCUCUCACCUGUGGCUUCUACAAGCUGUCAGCAUGCGACAGCGGCCACACCCUGGGAAACAGCCACUUGCCACUCAGGAGGAAACUUGCUCAUUAAUGUGCCUAAUUGAUACUUCCUAUCGCCAUGUCUUUCUGCCAACCAACUAAUGUCUUCAGAGAAUUUAUCUAUGUGGAGUUCUUAACUUGCAUUCCAAGAACGCUAUUGCUACUUGGAACUUACUCCAAGGCAAAUAUAGCGUUUAACACCGUAAUAUGACAUUCUUGAAGUGGAAAUAGUACCUGUCAAUUUGAAACACAGGCUGACUGUUGAUUAGCAGGUAUACCACAGCAGUGGAUUUCUUGCUUUGGCAAAGGGUUGAACUAGAUGAACUUUUGAUGUUCCAAGUCUGAUUUGCAUGUUUGGCAACUAGCAACUGCUUCUGUCAUGUGUUUUGCACUUGACAACUGCCUUAAUUGUAACAGAACACAGAAUCUAUACCAAGAUCAUUCCUCAGCUUCCAUUAGCAGUACUAAGUAGCUGUUCUGCUGCAGCUCCUAUGGCAAAAGGAAUGGUGGUUCAGAUUUCUGUUAGUAUUAUGGACUUAAGUUGUGUAGGCACCAUUUUCUCCUGGUCUGCAUUGAAGAGACUAAGGUAGGAUGGACAACUGCUUCACUUCAGGUGGUCAUAGCAUUUUUUAUUGCUCCCCUAAUAAUUAUUUUUUCAGCCACCUCCAGAAAUGGAAAGUUGGCAUGAAGGGAGCUAGCUGGUUUAGGACCCAAGUUCUAGUCUUAUUUGCAGGCAAGCCUUUACAUAGGGACAGUAUAUUAAAAAUGGUAUUCUGUGCCUGUUGCAUCUUUACUAUUACCUGAAUGUGUAAGACUAGGCCUCUGAUCAAUGAACAAAAAUACUAAAAGCAAUAGGUAAGCAGUGGUUGUGAAGCUCUUUGUGGCAAUCUCAGUCUUCUUUACUCUAAUGAUUUCAGGGUCAUGUAUAUGGGGAGUUGCAUAGUAUCACUGGCUUUCCAAAGGUCAUCUGAGCAAUCCCAUAGGGAUAGGGUAGGGAUGAAUUUAGAAGGCUUCACUGCAACAUACUGACUAUUUGCACUUAGGCAGGUCACAUCAGUUUGGGUGCCCUUACAUAUCACAUCUUAGGGUUACCAUCUUGGCAGCAGGAAUUACUCUUGCCUACAAUGGCAGUCUCAUAUUUAAAAUUGACCAAAUAGUUUGUUAGAUAUUUCCAUAGGUCUUGGUUCAUCCUGUGAAUUGAUCUGUCUCCUAGAAGUAGCUUAGUGGAGUCCAACAGACUUUUUCUAGAUAUGCCUAAAUUACCAAAACCAUUCAACUUACACGAGUGAGCUAUCCUUAUAUCCUUUUACCUGCAAAGAAAAGAAAAGGCACGCCACAAUCCUCUAGCUACUAAUUAAUUUGAUUAAUCUUAGCCUUAAAAGCUAACUACUGCCUGGCUUUUAAGCAUUUCAUAUUGGCAUGAGUUUGCUUAGAGUACUGAUAAUUAUUAAGGGUGUGUGAUAUCUAGUGUGGUGCCCUGAAAUUAGCUUUGUAGUCUUUAUUUCUACUGAUCAGGGAUUAGUGCUGAUAUUUAUGGCAGUGUGUGUCUGAUUUUUCUUUUACUGCUACUAUAGCAUUGACUGUUUUUAGGAGAGGGCAAUGAAGGGAUUAUUUAACAUGUCAGUAUUUUCUAUAUUCUACUUGAAUUAUGAAGUGACUACUUUUGCGUGAAUUAAACACCAAAAUGCAAACCC